GGUGUGCAGCUACCUCAGCUUCCGGUGCUGGUCUGUUCUGGCACUGGCCAUACUUGAAGAUGGCUGGCGCCUGGUUCCUGCUGUCUCUCGCCGCCUGCGUGGGCCCGGCCGCCUCCCUGUAUUUCCACAUCGGGGAGACUGAGAAGAAGUGUUUCAUUGAGGAAAUUCCCGAUGAGACCAUGGUGAUAGGUAACUACCGCACCCAGUUGUAUGACAAGCAGAGGGAAGAGUAUUUGCCUGCUACACCUGGGCUUGGCAUGUUUGUGGAAGUGAAGGAUCCAGAUGAUAAAGUCAUCCUCUCCCGGCAGUAUGGCUCAGAGGGCCGAUUCACCUUCACAUCGCACACCCCUGGAGAGCACCAGAUAUGCCUGCAUUCUAACUCUACCAAAUUUGCUCUCUUUGCUGGUGGCAUGUUGAGGGUUCACCUUGAUAUUCAGGUUGGGGAACAUGCCAAUGAUUAUGCCCAGAUCGCUGCCAAGGACAAACUGAGUGAGCUACAGCUUCGUGUACGACAACUGAUAGAACAAGUGGAACAGAUUCAAAAGGAACAAAAUUACCAGAGAUGGAGAGAAGAGAGGUUCCGUCAGACUAGCGAGAGCACCAAUCAGCGUGUCCUGUGGUGGUCCAUUGCUCAGACUUUCAUACUUGUGUCCAUUGGAGUCUGGCAGAUGAGGCAUCUUAAGAGUUUCUUUGAAGCAAAAAAACUGGUGUAGAGCACACCAAGAGAGCAGAGUUUGUUGUGCCAGAAAUCUUGGACCCAUCUCCAGCUAGGCGUCUUCCACCUCUAGAAUCUACAGGACUAUACAUGGAACUGUGUUACAUGGUGACUCCAGCAUUUGGGACCAGAGCACUGGUUGGAUAUUCAAUGUCCCAAGCAAAGGAGGAAGUAUGGAACCUUUCCUAAAACAUUAAAAUGAGGUUUUUGCUGUUCAUUUGCUAGUAUUCAGUUACUGAUUUUUAUUAUUUUUUGGUUAAAACUUUUUCUAUGAAUCCUGAACGGAUACAGCCACCAAAAAUAAGCUUGGGGGUUUUUUUUUUUUUAAUUUCCUUUUUUAUUUAACCUGCUGAUCAGGGGAAGCCAUACUUGCAGUAAACUCAAUGUUUUUGUCUAUAUGCCUAAUUGUUUUUAUGGUAAUGUUUUGGGUUAAUUUUAUGUGCUUUUUAACUUGACUGAGGGUUAUUGAUCUUUCUUCCUGUAGAGAUGGGCACAGGAUAAUAUGGCAUUUGCUAUUUAGGUCUGCACUGUGUUGAAUGAACCUGCCACAGCAGUUAAUGGGUCGCCCAACUCACCUGGCAUAUAAAGGUGUUCAGCUGAGGGAGAAGAGCAACAUUUCACCAGGAUCCAACCUGGCAGCUGCUGUCUUUCUGUCAAAAUAAGAUUUUGUCAUUUGUUUUAGGAUUAAUUGCACUUGCCAAAUAAUUAAACCACCUGCAGUAAUGUUCUCUAAGAGACUUUCUUAACUUUGGCUCCCUAUGAUGAUUGGGGAAUUGAGCCACUGGGUUCCCAGGUUACACUGAUCCUGUAGUUACUGAAUUUGAAUGUCUCUAUUUUUGGGGUUUUGUUUUUCCAUGUUUUUGCUAUAAAUAAAAGAAAAACAAAAUAUUCCACCA